UUAGGAGUUCGCUGACAAUUCAGUACAUGUCCAAUGGGAACAAGUUUUUCGUACGUGGUAUUUGGAGCUUUGUCAUGAGAAAAGUUGUUGGUGGUGAAGUUUUCUUUUUCCCUUCUGUUCUUUUGGGGUGUCGAUGAUGCUGAUUUUUCAUCAGUGUCUCUCACCGACCAAUCCUUCUUCCUGUUCGAUUUCUCACCCACCAAUCCUUUCUCGUCCAUCCCUUCCGUUUGGUAACCCCUGGGGAAGGCCAUUUCUCGUUCCUUUCAGCUCAGGAAGAGGAGUGCUUGGUUCGGCCAUGGUGAUGAAGAGGUGGUGGAGAGUGGCGACGUACUGGCUGGCGGAGCACCCCGCCAUCGUGGGCUUCCGGUGGAGCCAUGCCGAGUCCUGGGGCUCCACCUGGCCUUUCCUUAUCUGCUCCGUCGCCACCUACACUCUCGCUGUCGCCGCCCUCCGCGUCGUCCUCUGGCUUGUCCGGCAGCGCCGCCCCGUCCCCCUGGGACCCCUCCCCGCCCUCCACUCCCUCGCCAUGGCCUUCGCCUCCACCGUCAUCUUCCUCGGCCUCCUGCUCUCCGUGGCCACCGAGAUCCGCGACGCGCGCUUGUUCUGGCAACACGGCCGCGCCCGCACCACCCCGCUGCAGUGGCUCCUCUGCUUCCCACUCGGCACCCGCCCCUUUGGCCGCAUCUUCUUCUGGUCGUACGCCUUCUACCUCUCCCGCUUCCUCCACCUCCUCCGCACCUUCCUCGCCAUCCUCCGCCUCCGCCCCGGGCCCCGCGCCGCGGUGCUCCGCCACUCCGCCCUCUUGUGCAUGUCCUUCCUCUGGCUCGAGUUCUCCCAGUCCUUCCAGGUCGUGGCCAUCCUGUCGGCCACCGCCGCCCAGGUGGUGGUCUUCGGCUACCGCUUCUGGGUCGGUGUCAGGAGAGGCAGCGGCGGAGGAGGAGACGACGCUGCGGCAGUGGUGCUACCGUGCCAGGCGGCGCUGAUGGGGUGCAAUCUGGCGUGCCACCUCGCGAUGCUGCUGCUGCACUUCGCCAAGGGCGGGUGCAACGGGAUCCAAGCGUGGGUCGUCAACUUGGUGCUCAACGCCGCCCUCCUGCUGCUCUUCGUCUACUGCUAUGUCCACACCGGCACGAAGACGAAGAAAGGCUGGGCUUGGAGGUCGACGACCGCCAUUUCGACUGCUCUCACACCCAAAGUGCGGUCUCGGAGAAUUCGGACGUGAAAAGAAAACGUGACCUACCAUUCAUCGCAGAGAAUUGAAGUCGAGGCUCAACGUUAUUUCCGUUCCAAAUAAAAUCUCCUCUUUAUACAGAAUAUAAAACGGGAUCUUGCAAAUUUCCAUUUGCAGUUGCUACUCCAGAAAAGGGAAAAAAAAUCAGAAACAAACUAAUAAAUAAAUAA